CAUCGCGUUCAGUUGUCUAAUUAAUUUGUUGUUAGAUUUGCGUGGUACUAUUACGGUGUAUUUUUUCUCCCUUUCCAUCAUUGUCGCAAUUCUUCACUCACCGCGGGCAUAAACGAGAUAGCAAUCGUGGUUCUUUCGUUCCUGGAGGACGGAACUCGGUUACCUUCUAUCUGUGUAAUAUCCGUCCGGAAUCCGUUUCCAUCGAGUUUGAUUGAUCGAGAUCCAGCAGUAGUGUAUGGUUCGAAAAGGUCCGGAUAAGUGAAAAUUUUUGUGGAGAAAAGUGCAUUUUUUUUACCCAUUGCGGCGCUAUUAUUGCCAGUUUGCCAGUGGUGUGUGGAGUGUAGAAGAGAGUAGCAGCAAAGCGACAGCAAAGCAAAAAAUAAGUGCGCUUGUGUUCGCGAGACGAAGGGCAAGAAAACAGCCAACCGCAAAGAAAUAGAAGUGAGCUUUGUAUCGCAAUUUUUCGGGGCCGACUGUAAGGUGGUUUUGGGGUGUGUUGGUGCAACUGAGCAUUCGAGUUUUUUUUUUUGGAAAAAGUUUUUCCGGAAGCGUCGAAGUCGAUUCCAGCCGAUUCCAGGAACACGACAAUGUCUGACGAAAAUCAGGAAAACGGUACCCGCAACGGUGACGUACCGGAAAUCGAACUGAUCAUCAAGGCCUCUACGAUUGACGGAAGACGCAAAGGAGCAUGUCUCUUCUGUCAGGAAUAUUUUAUGGAUUUAUAUCUACUAGCAGAACUGAAAACUAUCAGUUUAAAGGUCACCACAGUGGACAUGCAAAAACCACCACCCGAUUUCCGCACCAAUUUCGAAGCCACCCAUCCACCGAUCCUGAUCGACAACGGACUUGCCAUUCUGGAGAAUGACAAAAUCGAGCGACACAUUAUGAAGUCCGUUCCCGGUGGUUACAAUCUGUUCGUGCAGGACAAAGAAGUUGCCACUUUGAUCGAAAAUUUGUACUCGAAGCUGAAGCUGAUGCUGGUCAAAAAGGACGAAAACAAAAACAACUCUCUGCUGGCACACCUGCGCAAAAUCAACGACCAUCUGGCAGUGCGGGGAACCCGCUUCCUGACGGGCGAUACGAUGUGCUGUUUCGAUUGCGAGCUGAUGCCUCGGCUCCAGCACAUUCGGGUGGCCGGCAAGUACUUUGUCGAAUUCGAGAUACCAAAACACCUUACGGCUCUGUGGCGAUAUAUGUAUCAUAUGUAUCAGCUGGAUGCCUUCACGCAAUCCUGUCCCGCCGAUCAGGACAUCAUCAACCACUACAAACUACAGCAGGCAAAAGGUGACAUUAAGAUGCUGAAGAUGAAAAAACACGAGGAACUGGAAACGCCCACGUUUACCACGUCGAUUCCGAUUGACCUGAAUGACCACUAGGUAGGUAGGAGGAGGCCAGACGUGCGGAACAUUUUUUUGGAAUACAAAACACCAGAAGCCCCCGUACCGUGGAAUUAGAUUACAAACUAAUACAACAUUUUGAUAACCAUUUACAAGUAUGAUGCAAACCUACAACCGCAACAACCCAAAUUCCGCCCAAAAGGGUGGUCUUCGCACGUGGUUGGCAGCAGAGCUGCAAACUGCAGUGCAAAUAUGUACGAUCUUCUUAACCGAUCGUUUCGCCUUUUCUGUUUGUUUGUUUGUUUGUUUCACAACGGCCAUCUUGGAUUGGCGAGUAACGAAUGAAUUCAACAGUUUAGCGAUAACAAUGUAGUGAAAUCCCGCAAGGCAAAAGAUUGCAGUAAAAACAAAAACAAAUGUAAAGAAUAUUCUAAGUAGAAUUUAGUGAAUAAAUUCAUUUAUUAUCUUGUAUUUUUAAACCCAACUAUGGUACUGAGAAAAGACACGCGGUCGAACUAAGCAGGCGGCAACCUUUGCUGACGUAAACAUCAAUGAAAUGGAUAAAUAAUAGCACUGUUUCUUUACCAACUGUCACUAACCGAUUUGGCAAAUUGUAACCCAACUUAACCUCUCUGUUCCAUCAGUGAGAAAUCCUUUCCUAUCCGAUCCUUCUUCGCGGACACAUGUUGAUUUCCCGUAGGCUGAUUUCAUCACAAUCAAAACAAACACACGAUCAACGAAUCUUCAUAAAAAAAUAACGAAACAGAAAGCGAAAAAAAAAUCACAAUUUUAAUGUUUUUAAUUUGAGUCGGAAUAGGCAAAACAAAAAAAAGGGAAUUUAGGCGUUAAGUACCAAUGUUUAAUUGUAUUUGAAUUGGCAAUAACAAAAAACAAAAA